AUGAAAGAGGUGUACGGAACUUGCCAGUCGAACAUUCAACGGUAUCGCUACGACACAGAACGUGGCGACUGUGUAGCGUUUCGCUACAGCGGGUGUAACGGAAACGCCAACAACUUUGUCACCAUGGAUGCUUGCAGAACCAAAUGUGGGGUGGUUGUUCAACCUCCAGACACUACAACAGAUUAUGAAGUAGAAACUACAGCACCGACAGGAUUGGCCGCGUGCAGUCUCGAGAAAGACGAAUCCGUUUGCCCCGAUGGUACAGGAAGAAGUGAGAUCGCUUGGUACUAUGAUCUUACUUUGGCCGCGUGUCAACAAUUCAAUUACAGUGGAUGUGGUGGUAAUAAUAACCGAUUUGUCUCUGCCGAAGACUGUACGCGAACCUGCAACGCUCGAGAUGUGUGUACGUUGCCCAAGGAUUCAGGUACGUGCUAUGCAUACAGUCAGCAGUAUUACUUCAACCAGAAUACGAAAAGGUGUGAAAUCUUCGUUUACGGUGGCUGCGGUGGAAACGCAAAUCGAUAUCCCUCGAUUGAAAGAUGCGAGAAAACAUGCCACGCAUUGAUGGAGAAACAAAUUUCUACUGGACCCAUAAAAUUACCGGAUGAAUUCAAAGUUGCAAUUCUGGUUUGUCAUUUGCAACCUGAGAAAGGACCCUGCGAAAAAGACGAAAAGAAAUGGUAUUACGAAAUAAAAGAGGCGCGAUGCAGACAGUUCACCUAUGGUGGUUGUGAGGGCAACAAAAACCUUUUUGAAACGCAGGAAGAAUGCGAAAAUCUUUGUAGUCCAGAAGUUGUUUGUUCGUUCUCAAGGGACAGUGGAAAUUGUACACCUUAUCACAGAGGCUAUUACUUCAAUUCAGCGCUCGCUCGUUGUGAACAUCUCGCUUAUGGCGACUGUUAUGGAAAUGCAAACAGGUUUUAUACGAUUGAAUUGUGCGAGAAGAAGUGUAAAGAUUUGAUUACAACACCAGAAAUAACGACUCCGACACCAGAACCCACAGUGAAACCGACAGUGAGGGAUUGUCACUUACCGAAAGCCAGUGGGUCUUGUCGAGCUCGGAUAUCUGCCUGGCAUUACGAUAUUCAAGACAAUACUUGCAAGCAGUUUUAUUACGGAGGCUGUGAAGGUAAUGCAAACAGAUUCGAAACAAAAGACGAAUGCGAAAAAACAUGCAACGUUUAUGAUAUCUGCAAUCUGCCAAAAGAGGGUGGACACUGUUUGGCCUAUAUGGAACAAUAUUACUUUGACCAAAAUACGCAACGUUGCGAACAGUUCGUGUACGGUGGUUGUGGCGGAAAUGCCAACCGAUUUGCCUCCCUUGAAAAAUGCCACAUUAUAUGCCGGGAUCUGAUAGAGAAACCAGUCACUUCUCAUCCGCCUGUUUCCCGACCACCUCCAAGACCAGUUGAAAUGUGCCAUUUGGAAAAGAAAACAGGCUCGUGCCGAGCGCAAAUAUCAGCCUGGUAUUAUGACAUGGAGGACAACACUUGUAAGCAUUUCUAUUAUGGAGGCUGCGAGGGAAAUGGAAAUCGAUUCCAAUCAAGGGGAGAAUGUGAAAGUAUUUGCAACUCGAAUGAUAUUUGUCAGCUGCCAAAAGAAUUCGGUAUCUGCUACGCCUACAGUGAACAAUAUUACUUCAACACUCAGACAAAACGCUGCGAGGAUUUUGUGUAUGGAGGCUGCGGUGGAAAUGCUAACAGAUUCAGUUCUCUUGCGAAAUGUCUCGCUUUAUGCCAUUCUCUGAUCGAACAGACAACAACUCAACCGACAACCGGAGAGCGUGUCGUUUUCGCAAACCCAGUAGAAGUUUGUCACCUGGAAAAAGAUGUUGGACCGUGUCAAUCUCAGAUUCCAGCCUGGCAUUAUGAUGCUACGGAGCACCAAUGCAAACGAUUCUAUUAUGGCGGCUGUCAAGGCAAUGCCAACAAAUUCGACUCCAAAGAAGAGUGCCAAUCUAAGUGCAAUGCUCGAAGCAUCUGUCAGCUACCAAAGGAAAGUGGACAGUGCUAUGCUUACAGCGACCAGUAUUAUUUUAAUUCAAGAACCAAACAUUGUGAGCAAUUUGUGUACGGUGGAUGUGGAGGAAAUGCCAACCGAUUCUCUUCAGCUGCCAAAUGCAUGGAUGUUUGCCAAUCACUCAUUGAAAGAGAGACCCUACCAACGCCACCUGUAACAGACAAACCUCUGUCCCAUCCAGUCGAAGCUUGUCACCUCGAAAAGGAAGUUGGUCCUUGCCGUGCUCAGCUCCCUGUCUGGUAUUACGAUGCAGUUGAACACCAAUGCAAAGAAUUCAAAUAUGGCGGUUGCCAAGGGAAUGCUAACAGAUUUGGCACCAAAGAACAAUGUCAUCUUACGUGCCACCCUGAAGGUAUCUGUUAUCUACCAAAGGAAAGUGGGCAGUGCUAUGCUUACAGUGAUCAGUAUUAUUUUAAUCCAAGAACCAAACGUUGCGAGCAAUUUGUGUACGGUGGAUGUGGAGGAAAUGCCAACCGAUUCUCUUCAGUUGCCAAAUGCAUGGAAGUUUGCCAAUCAUACAUUGAAAAAGAGACCCUACCAACGCCACCUGUAACAGACAAACCUCUGUCCCAUCCAGUCGAAGCUUGUCACCUCGAAAAGGAAGUUGGUCCUUGCCGUGCUCAGCUCCUUGUCUGGUAUUACGAUGCAGUUGAACACCAAUGCAAAGAAUUCAAAUAUGGCGGUUGCCAAGGGAAUGCUAACAGAUUCGGCACCAAAGAACAAUGUCAUCUUACGUGCCAUCCUCAAGUCGUCUGUUAUCUCCCAAAUGAAAGUGGACAGUGUUACGCCUACAGCGAACAAUAUUAUUUUAAUCCAAGGACAAAACGUUGCGAGCAGUUUUCGUACGGUGGAUGUGGAGGAAAUGCCAACCGUUUCUCUUCAGCUGCCAAAUGCAUAGAAGUCUGCGAAUCACACAUUGUAAGUGAGACUCCACCAAGACCACCUGUAACAGACAAACCUCUGUCCCAUCCAGUCGAAGCUUGUCACCUCGAAAAGGAAGUUGGUCCUUGUCGUGCUCAGCUCCCUGUCUGGUAUUACGAUGCAGUUGAACACCAAUGCAAAGAAUUCAAAUAUGGCGGUUGCCAAGGGAAUGCUAACAGAUUCGGCACUAAAGAACAAUGUCAUCUUACGUGCCAUCCUCAAGACAUUUGCGAAUUACCAAAAAAGACCGGCCACUGUCUCGCCUACAGCGACCAGUAUUAUUUUAAUUCAAGAACCAAACGUUGCGAGCAAUUUGUGUAUGGUGGAUGUGGAGGAAAUGCCAACAGAUUCACUUCAGCUGCGAAAUGUAUGGACGUCUGCCAAUCCUUGGUGAACAUCGAUAUUCCACUAUCAACACAUCAACCUCAUAUUAAUCCAGAAUUGUGCCAGUUUCCACAGGAUUCAGGGAAUUGUUUCAAUUACAGCGAAAUCUAUUAUUUCGACCAAGAAACAAACCGUUGCGAACAAUUCGUUUACACUGGCUGCGGUGGAAAUGCCAACAGAUUUCAAUCUCUUUCUGAGUGUCAAAGAGUUUGCCGUCCGGUUGAAGGGACGAAAAAACCAGUCACCAAGAUCGAUGUACCAGAAACCCCAAAACGGAAUAAAGAGGUUUGCAGGUUACGAAAGUUGAUUGGACCUUGCAGCUAUAAUAUCACUGCGUGGUACUUCGAUGACAAGUAUGGAGUGUGCAGCAUGUUCGUCUACAGCGGCUGUGGCGGAAAUAAAAAUAACUUCAAAACUUUGAAAGAAUGUGAAAAAGUAUGUCAGCCAACCAACGAUGUAUGUAAUCAUCCAAUGGCCACGAAACCGUGUUCAAGUUCGAAAGCAUUUUGGGUCUAUGACAACGUCAACAAAACCUGCCGCCAUUACCCGAUUGGACACUGUGAGGAAAAUCCUCUUCAGUUCAUCUCUGAGCACGCCUGUCAAAAACAAUGCCUCCAUCAAGGUAAAGAGACAAAAGAUAUUUGUCAUUUCCCAAUGGAAGAAGGCCCUUGCAGGUCUUAUAUUCGUGUUUGGUACUACAAUAUGGACGACGGUAUUUGCAAGCCUUUUAUCUAUGGUGGAUGCGAAGGAAACAAAAAUCGAUUUGACCUGAAGGAGAAAUGCGAGAGAAUCUGUAACAAACACACAAUUUGCAAAUUAAAGAAGGACUCAGGUCAUUGCUAUGGCUAUAAUGACGCUUACUACUUCAACCCGGCGAAGAACAUGUGCGAGCAUUUUGUGUAUGGUGGCUGUGGAGGAAAUGCCAACCGAUUCUCUUCAAGAAAACAGUGUCACGAGUUUUGCAGUGGGCAUAUUUCCAAUGGCUCCCACGCCACAGAACUCAGAGAAGCAGAUAAAUGUCGAUUGGAACCAGACUCAGGCCCUUGCCAAGAAAGGAAUAUAUUUUGGUAUUAUGACUACAAAAUCGGGGUCUGCUCACGUUUCUUUUACACUGGCUGCGGAGGCAACGAAAACAGGUUUGCAUCGGAAGAAAUCUGCUUAACGUCUUGUAAGCCAUUUAUGACAUUCACAACUCAUGCACCACUGACCCAGAAUUCUCUUACCGGAAAUCACAACAAUAAGUUCAGGACUAUUCACGUCACUCCAAAAGAGACACUAACUUUACAAUGUGGCGAACUGUUCGAUAGUACUGGAGGAGGAAAUCAAGUGACUUGGACACAUGAAGGCCAAGAUAUUUCCCCAAGUGUUCGUCGCCAAAUACAAAAACUUAAUUUGGUUGUCUAUAACGUGAGUAACAAAGAUACUGGGAUGUAUACCUGUCGAAAGAAGAGCAACACAGUUACACCAACAUUAGAUAAAUAUCAAGUUGUCAUUAAAGUGCCAGCGACGAUAGAAUAUGGUGCAUCACAUAUGACAGCACUUCCGAACCAUCGACUUGCAAUUCCUUGCCAGGCUCAUGGGGUUCCCAAACCGCUGAUUACUUGGUACAAAAGUGGCCAACAAAUACACAACGAUAAUCAUUACCACGUCUUCGACAACGGCACAUUACUUAUUGACCCUUUUAUCUCCAAUGAUGUUGCUACAUACAAAUGCUUGGCUAGAAACGAUUAUGAGGGAAAGGCUGAAAAGGAAGUCAUAGUUACUAUUCAAGAGUCACUAAAUCUGGAAAUCAAAAAGAGCAGUCGAAAUCUCCACGUAGGAGAUAAAGUAACCCUGACUUGUACGGCUGAUGGUUAUCCUAAUACGCGAUUCCAAUGGUUCUACAAAGACCGAGAACUUUACACCAACAAUCGAAUCACAGUUACAGACGGCAUCCUCAUUAUCAGGAACGCCACCUAUGACAACACCGGCAUCUACACUUGCCGAGGAACACACGCCAAUGAACAAGUCAACAAAGACGUGAGCGUUCGCAUUUUAUCCAUGCCUGAUGAAGUGCCCAAUGUCUGCAAGGAUCGAUUACCAAUAGAUCGAUGUCGGAUGAUUGUAGCAGCAAAGCUGUGCAAACGAAAGACCUUCCACAAAAACUGCUGUGUGACAUGUUCACGAAGCAUGACCUUUCGUAGGUAG